AUGGUAGGCCGGCGCCAACCAAGCUCCCAGAUGUGUCCAUCGACUGGAGUAGAAUUUGAUACUUCCGCUUAUGAGGGUCCCUUCAUGAAAGCGGACGAAGUGGCUGCCAUGCGGGUGCUGUUCGAAGCUUGCGAUCGGGACGGCAGUGGAUCAGUACCGCUGAACGAGUUCAAAAGCCGGCUUGUAGCUGCUGGGUUUGAUGUACGAGGCUGCGCAUUGACUGAUAUUCUGGGUAUCAUCGAUAGUAGCGGGCGUAAGGUGGUGACCUUCCCAGAAUUUAUGGAGCUGGUAACUCCAUCGUCCGACCUUUCUUCACCCGACGAGGUUCUCAAAACCUUUCGGCAGAUGGACUCUGACUCCACAGGUCGAAUAUGCCUAAAGCACAUAUGCAGGGCACUGAAGGAAGCAAAUCUAGCAGGUAAUAUUGGACAGGAGCUGCUGAGCCAAGCGGAUGCAGACAAUGAUGGGUGCAUACUAUUUGAAGAGCUACAAGACGUGUUCAGCAAACAGACAUAUCCCUAA